AUGGAACACAAAUCAGCAAAUAGGAAAUUUUCUAGGACUUCCACACCUUCGAGAUCAGAAUAUAGUUCUGCUAACUUUAGACUGAAAUCUACAAACAGUAUACAUCAUAAUGAAAGCAGGUAUAAAAUGUUCAGGCCGCAAUCUUCUUAUCAAAGCAAGCUUGAAAAUACAGCUAGCAAGCCUGACCUCCAAAGAAUCAAGAAAAAUCAGGAGUUAAUGAAAUAAAUUUGAGAUUAAAAUGAAGAAAAGGGUAAAGAUAAAGAAGAGGAAAGAACCAGUUGUCAGUCUCUGAGAUCUCCCUAAAGCAGAGUACCUGACUGAUUAUACACUGAAUCGAAAGAUUAAUGAAUAUGAAAAUGAGAGGAAAAUCGAAGAACUACAGAGUAGAUAUCAUCGAUUAAGGAAAGCGAAGAAGACUGAAGUGCAGCGUCCUACUUAUUUGCAGAGCUUGAUCACCAUCCACAAGCAGAUAAUUUCAGAAGACCAACUGUAG